AUGCGCUUAAACCCAGUUGUAUGUGUCCAAUGCACUGUGCGGCAUGGUCGCUGGCCUGCUCUACGGCAUGGGAGUCUCGUAUCCCAACUUACGUCCAAACGGUUCAAUAGCCAUGUUGCGCGAACCGAUCGACCCAUCCGUGUGGCUGUCGUGGGCUCAGGUCCGGCGGGAUUCUAUGCUGCCUAUCGUCUUCUAGCCAAGCAGGAAGACACUAUAGUGGAUAUGUAUGAGAAAUUACCAGUGCCAUUUGGAUUGGCUAGAUACGGAGUCGCCCCAGACCAUCCCGAAGUCAAGGUGAAAGUGGCCGAAUCCUCGCGCUUCAACUUUGUCGGUAACGUCGAUCUCGGACAUGACCUUCCCCUCGCUGCCCUCAAGCCACACUAUGACGCGAUCCUUUUCGCAUACGGUGCUACGAAGGAUAAAGAGCUAGGCAUUCCUGGUGAACAAGCUCUGCAUAGUGUGCACUCGGCCCGUGCCUUUGUGGGGUGGUACAAUGGUCUCCCUGAGCACAGAGAUCUGGAUCCAGACCUGAGCGGGGAGGACGCUGUUGUUGUCGGACAGGGAAACGUUGCACUCGACGUGGCCCGUAUUCUCCUUUCGGAUGUUGAUAAUCUUCGGAAAACGGAUAUUGCGGAUUAUGCUGUGGAAAAGCUCAGCACUAGCCGGAUCAAGCGGGUGCGAGUUGUCGGUCGUCGCGGUCCCCUUCAGGCUUCGUUCACCAUCAAAGAGCUCCGUGAAAUGCUACAGCUUCCAGGUGUCUCAUUUGACCCUGUUCCCAAGGAUAUCCUUCCCCCGGAUGAAGUGAUCUCGGCGUUGCCUCGGGCGCAGAAGCGUUUGAUGCAGCUGCUUGUCAAAGGAUCAACCAAUGACCCUCAAACUUCCACAAAAUCAUGGUCCCUAGACUUCCUACUUUCCCCCGACUCCCUUCACUGGUCGCCAAUGCACCCGUAUCACCUAUCGCAUGUGAAGUUCUCUCGCAAUGAGCUCGACCCUUCUGACCCACAUAGCCCUAGCGCCAAAGUGUUUCCGAAGCACCUGUCGAAUGGGAAUCGUGCUCAGGUCAAUAUACCAGCGUGCGUCUUCUUCCGCAGCGUGGGCUACAAAUCCCUCCCCCUUCCAGGGCUCGAACAGCUUGGCAUCGAGUUCGAUGAGCAGCGUGGCAUCAUUCCCAAUGAUGGAUUCGGUCGCGUGACUAGCCUGUCAAAUAAGGGCGAACCCGAGCAAUUACCGGACGGAUCUCUCAUCUCCCCCCUGCCCGGCCUGUACUGUGCCGGCUGGGUGAAGCGUGGUCCAACUGGAGUGAUUGCUUCGACAAUGACCGACGCUUUCACCACUGCAGAUACCAUCGCGCAAGACUUGGCAACCCAUACCGAGUCCAAGUCUUUGCUCCACGCACCAGACCGCAGCACCGGUCUAGGCUGGGAGGGGGUGAAGGCCGAGGCUCAGCGCCGUGGCCUACGUCCUACGUCCUGGCAAGACUGGCAGCGUAUCGAUGCCGCAGAGCGAGAGCGUGGCCGACUAAAAGGCAAGCCUCGGGAUAAGUUUGGGCGUGUGGAAGAAAUGUUAGAGGUGCUCGAUUGA